AUGCGCCUCAACGGGUUCUCGUUUUACCCGGAGAAGGUGUUCCCGGAGAAAAAUAAGGUGCGGUGGCGGUGCACGCGACGCACGUGCCGCGCAUAUGCGCACACGUUGCAUGACCGCAUCUUCGCUCUCAGCAAUGUUCACACUCAUGAGCCGCCUGUGGUGUCGCAAUGCUUGUCUACUAACCAGCGCUCCUUCACGCAUGCAGCUCUAGCCACUCAGGCGAAGGCUAUCCUUAACGAUUCGUAA